UAUAUUUCGGCAACUACAUAUAUGAGGCAAAAGGUGGAAUCAAGGGAACGAAGUACAGCUUAAACCUCUCAAUUUACGAUUGGUCGCCAUGACUGACGAUUCGCUCAAUCACAGCUUCAACGUCGCCGCCGCAGCCGCCGCCGAUGAUGACGAUGACGAUUUGAAUCUUGACAACGAGGCGGCAGAGAUUAGGCGAUUGCAGCUGCCGACCUCAACGGAGCCUCUGGUACAGGAUGAUGAUGAGCGUGUGGCAAACAUCGAGUUCAAUUGCAGCGCUUGUGAUAUGCACGAGAUGGUGCACUUCUAUGGUCGGGCGCCGCCCUUUGCCCUGGGAGUUAAAUUUCGUGAGGAUAGCUAUGUGUUACGCGAUCCAUUCCAGGCACCUCCGCCACGCUGGCAAUCCAAGCCAGAGUUUUAUGUGUCGUUGGGCGCUAAGUGCGCUAUCUGCGGCCAAGUUGUGUGCAAGGAUACGUCGUGCAGUUUCUAUUAUACACAGACCUAUUGCAUGCCUUGUGCCAGGGCCGAACUUAAGUCUUGGCCCGUUGAGGCGCAAAGUCGGCUACGCAAGCAAUUGGCGGCCAAAAAAUAGUAGCACUGAGACUGAGUCGUAUAUACACAUAGUUUUUAAAU